AGAUGCAGCAAAUGUCAAGAGCAGUGGCAUUUUGCAUGGCUCUCUAUUGAGCCAAAAGCUGACAUGUCCGAAUCUGCCGUAUGGUGGACUAUUAUUCGGACUUCUUGAUGUUUUAUCAUCUUCAUCAAACAGCAUUCUGUUUUGUGCUUCCUUUCAUCUAUUGACUGACAAGUGGAAGAGCCUGUCAAACUUUUCUUCUACAUUGUGUUCCGUUAGCAUGUUACAUGAGACAUGAGAAGAGUGAAGUUGGUCUCAAUCCAUGCCCUCCUGAUAUUUAUAGCUGUUGCUAGUGUCCACAGAGCUGAAGCUGGUCUUCGGCUCUCUGAUACCAUUGGAUACUAUGAGGUGCUCACCUAUGACACCAACCCGGUACAAGAAGAACAUGCAAGGGUACGGCGAUCCCUCAGCACAUACUCUCAGGUAGCAAUUAAUUUUUGGAGCCACGGGAAGGAAUUUCGCUUGCGUUUGAAACGAGACGUGGAAACCUUCUCACCUGGCUUCAUCCUAGAAAACAGUGUUGGCUCUGAUUCUGUCGACACAGCUCAUCUCUUCUUUGGGCAUUUGCAUGGGGUGCCUGGGUCCAGCGUUUAUGGUUCCUUACAUGAUGGUGUCUUUGAGGGUAACAUUGAGAUGCCAGAAGGAACCUAUUAUGUGGAGCGGGCCAACCACUACUUCCCUCAGAACCAAAGACGUCAUUUUGACUUUCACUCUGUGAUAUAUUCAGAAAAUGUGGUGGAAGAGCCCAAGUCCCCAUCUAGGCAGCAAGCUGAAUUUGGAUCAUGUGGGUUGAAUGAAACCCGUGAGGAGUGGAUGCAUCAGAUUCAGUCAUCAAUGGAAACUCCUCCCCAGACUGUUGAGGAUGUGGACUGGGAGUCAGUUUGGGAACAAGAGAAUCCAGCCCUCAAGUACUUGUCACGUGAAAAGAGGGCAAGCUUGGUCCGUGGGAAGCUUGCAACUUUCUCCCCACGUGGUGGAAUAGGAAAUGGCAACAAUAAUUCCACCUGCGAGCUCUUCAUUCGCACCGACCCCAUGCUCUACAAAUAUUACCUUGACCAUGAAGAUCUUCCAGAAGUUCGCGUGAAAGAAGAAAUUGUCUCACUGGUGCAGCUGCUAGUAAAAGCCAUCUCCCACAUUUACUCAAAUACAAGGUUCAAUAUGGGUCGCUUUAAUCAUUCUGGCAUCACAUUUACAGUGCAGCGAUUGAGGGUGGACAAUUACACUCAGGACUGUCGAUAUGGACACUCCCUGAAUCCAUUCUGCAACCCCAGUGUGGAUGUGACCAGUUUUCUCACUCAAUUCUCACAGGACAACCAUGAUGCCUUUUGCCUUGCCAUCAUGCUCACAUUUAGGGAUUUUGCAGAUGGGACCCUGGGUCUAGCCUGGGUGGCCUCUCCUAAUCGAGGCAACAAAGGUGGUGUGUGUGAACGUCGAGGUCGCAUAGCAAACCAAAAGCAGGAGCUGAGCCUCAACACUGCUGUGGUGACAUUCCUCAAUUAUGCAUCUAAGGUAACCCCCAAAGUCUCCCAACUCACCCUGGCCCAUGAAAUUGGGCACAACUUUGGGGCAGCUCAUGAUCCAGAUAAUGUGUUCAGUUGUGUCCCAGGCCAGCUUCAAGGAGGGAACUACAUCAUGUAUCGACAUGCAACCAAAGGGAACCUACCUAACAAUCGAAAGUUCUCUGAGUGCUCCAUCCGUAACAUGUCACUUGUACUGGAUGCCAUCUACUUAUCACUUCAUGUAGAAAAUGGGAAGUUCUACUGCUUUAAGGCUUCCAACCUCACCUUCUGUGGAAACCGCAUAGUUGAGGAGGGUGAAGAGUGUGAUUGUGGUUUUGAUGAUGAUGAAUGCCGCCAUGAUCCUUGCUGCUCUCCUCGAAUCUCCAGCAAUGGUGAGCAGAAUUCCAAUGCCUGCAAACUGAAGCAUGGGCCUGGGUCUUGCAGUCCAAGUCAAGGUCCAUGCUGUGACAGCAAGACAUGUGGGGUUGUACUGCCUGAACGACAGCUGGAAUGUGCCAAGGAGAGUGACUGCAAAUAUCACAGUAUUUGUGAUGGACGACAUCCUCAAUGUCCAUCCCCACCUAACAAGCCAGACUUCACUGAGUGUAACACCAACACACAAGUGUGUGUGCAUGGAGAAUGCUCAGGUGCAUACUGCUUGAAGUGGGGACUUCAGGAGUGCUUCUUGACUUCUGAUGUGAUUCAAGACAAGCAUAAACUCUGUGAACUUGCAUGUCAGGAACAGGAUCGUCCUCACACCUGUGUCUCAACCUCAGUCCUUGUUGCCAAUGGUUCUCGUGCCCACAACUACUCUGUCAUUCAUCUCAUGCCUGGAUCAGCAUGUGACAAUUACCAGGGAUACUGCGAUGUGUUUCAAAUGUGCCGUCGAGUGGAUGAAGAGGGUCCUCUUCUCCGAAUAAAAAAUCUUCUGUUUGGCUCAGAGACUCUGGAAACCAUACGUGAUUGGAUCACGAGCAAGUGGUGGGCAGUGGUCUUGAUAGGACUCAGCAUGGUGAUCUGCACAGGAGGAUUCAUCAAGUGUUGUGCCGUGCACACACCCAGCUCAAAUCCUAAGCAGCCACCAGCACGACGUCUUACAGAUACAUUUGUCUAUGGACCAAUGACAACAGCAAGGCGAAUGGGCUCAGCUGCCAACUCUACUCUCCGACGAUUGGUACUUCACACCGGCAUCACCAUCCAGCUGCCCAUGUGCCCCAUGGACAACGCCAUCACCAUCACCAUGGAGGUGGUGGGGAACGACACGGAAGGGCCCCAUCACAGGGCAGAUCCCGACCCCCUCUUCCGUCUGAUAACUCUGAGUCAGCCAUUACCCUGGCCCCUCUUCCACAGGGUGGGCCUCCGAGGGGAGCAAGAGCCAAAACAUGUGUUGCUCAUAAGUGCUCAAAACUGGCAAGAUCGGGAGCAUCAUGGGGCAAAGGUCAAGCUGGAACAGAUCCCAUUGGAAGUGAGGAGACAGAAACGUUGAGCUCAGCUGAUCCCUAGGAAAAUUCCUUCCAAAUGUGAUCUGUAUGAAUGAAAGGACAUUGUCGUUGAAUGCAAGAAUCCACUUUGAUGGUCAGAAAUUUUCAAGUCUGCAUUCCGGGCCAUCCGAACGAGAAAAGUUGUUUGUCCGCAACACGUCUUUCAGUCCAAUCAGUACCCUGAGUUUGAUUUUAUUGGACAGAACUUGAGAUGUUUGCCUGGGUGAUAUUUCCUCAUGCUUGAACGAUCAAAAGUGUACUCCCAUGCCUGUUUAAAAUAUAACCCAGGUAAAUAUCUAAAACAUCAGGGAUCAUAAGACCUGCUUGCUGCUUCAUGAUCUUUUUUUUUUAUAUCCAUUUUGCAUUUCAGUAUGAAACAGUUUAUUGUAUUUUUACGUUUGUAUUCCAGUAUUUAUUGGUGGUCCUUAUAUUUUUUUCAUGCAUCUCAAGUUGGUUCCUCUCUGUUUUCUAAAUGGAGAUGGGUGACUUGCAGUUGAUUUCUUUCUGAUCUCCAUUGCAGUUUGCAUUCAUUUUCUGUCUGAGGGAGAUAGUGAACUUCAAUUUUAUAAUUAAAAAAAAUAAUUAUUCAGUGGAAGAGUAGCUUUGGUACAAUGCGAGAAUUUUCCCCUUUCUUUUAAUUGACCCUUGCUUUUUUUGUAAUUCUUGUAUUUGAUGUGAGAAACAGACUAUUUUCUUGCACUUCCAAUCUUAAUCUGGCCUUGUUACCAAAGACUGUAUCCUCAGAUAUCACUCUGGAGAUGUGUUACUGCUCCUUCUUCAACAUCAUCUUGUGUAUUCCUCCCCCCUGAAUGUCUAUGCAGCACCUAUUCAUCAUUAUCAUAAUGAAUGUCAGAAUCCAGUUGAGAAUAUGCAAAGCAAGCUUCCAUGAUCACUUACUGUAUCAUGUGACAGUGGGCAUUACUGGCAUGAGCUUUCAUGAAGAAAACUGUGUCACCUUGCCAGAACCUGAU